AGGCGUGGGAUGUUUUAACGGAAGAGGUAGAUGAUCCUGUUGCUUGUAUUGGUGACUUUCCAUAAACGCUCUUUACGUGGGUCACCACACAACAAGGACACAAAACAGACUAUUGUUGCCUCUGCGUGUAUGUACGUGCUUUUGGGCAUUUCCUCCCCACUUUCCACUCUGCACGGUACAUUUUCUUAGACCUGCCACUCAGACCAACAUUGACCAGUUGUUCUCAGCCUUGAGUUGGCGGCAGAUUAACAUCCGGAGCGGAGUAACAAAGGAUUCGGAUUGUGGUCACAGCUUUGCCGCUGGGGUUUGGAAUGCCAAAUAGUUCCGUGUUUUAGUGGAACCGCCUUCCUCUGGCAAUCGCCGGCAGCAGGGAGCAAACCUAUUAAAGUGCGCUUAGGCGAGCUAUUGAGCCAGUUGGAAAGGUAACUAUGCUUAACUACCCAACUGUGCUUAAGAGUGGCUCUCCUUUAGAGUAGCUGACGACUGAAUAUUAUCGACGGGUUCCAAUCUUUAAGUACCUUUUUGGUUUAGAAUUGGAUUUACAAUGAGGAACCUAAACAUUUUGAUCCUCCUCUGUAUGGCCAUGAGCUCUGUUCAUUGCCAAAGGAAAAUGACUAAAGUGUCAGAAUUUGGGUCGGAUUUGGGGAUGAAGAUUUUCAAUCAGGUUGUUAGCUCUAAACCAACAGAAAACAUUAUCAUGUCCCCACAUGGAAUUGCAUCAGUACUUUGGAUGUUGCAUCUGGGAGCUGACGGAAGAACAAAACAGCAAUUAAGCAAAGCUCUGAAAUACAGUUCGCAAGGUACUUACAGAAAACUCAAAAGAGUACAGAAGUUAUUAACUGAUAGCAGAAACCAGGAUAUAGUUACUAUAGCUAAUGGAGUAUUUGUGCCAAGUGGUUUUGAAAUGGAGCAACCCUUUAUUCAGAAGACUAAUGAGAUUUAUCAAGCUGUAUUGAGAAAUAUGAAUUUUGCAGAUCCUAUACUAGCUGCAUCCAUAAUCAACCAAUGGACUGCAAAUCAAACCAGAGGUAUGAUCACAGAUCUAAUUUCACCAGCAAUUCUCAAUGAAGCUACCAGGCUUGUAAUAGUCAAUGCUAUAUUUUUUAAGGGUUUGUGGAAGUCUAGAUUUCUACCAGAAAAUACUCAGAAUGGAAAUUUCUAUGCAGCUGAUGGAAAUGUGUAUCAAGUUCCUUUGAUGUUCCAAAGAUCAACAUUCAAUUUUGGUAUUGCCAACACACCUGCAAAUGUGAAGUACUAUAUCCUCGAGAUGCCAUACCAUGGAGGCACUACUAGUAUGUUUAUUGCUCUUCCAGAGAAUAUUGGUAUCCCACUCUCUGAAAUAGCUCCUCAUAUUAAUGCACAAUCUAUAAAUAACUGGAAAAAAAUCAUGACGGGAAAGAAACUUGAAGUUUCUAUACCAAGAUUCACUGCUGAAACAGAAACUAACUUGGAGAAACUACUUUUAUCUCUUGGAAUCACUGACAUGUUUGAUGAAGUUAAAGCAAAUUUUAGAAAAAUCAAUAGGUCUGGUCUAUUGUAUGUUUCACAAGUCCUACAAAAGGCUAAAAUUGAAGUAAAUGAAGAUGGAACUAAGGCCUCUGCAGCAACAGCUGCUGUUCUUGUAUUUCGGUCAUUCAGGUUCACACCUCCAUUUACAGUGAAUAGACCAUUUCUCUAUAUUGUCUGGCACAAUCCUACAGGUACCAUCCUCUUCAUCGGACAAGUUUCAAAGCCAUAAGAAGGCAAUGUUGAUUUAAAAAAAACUUAAUUUUGAGGCUUAUUCACGAAGGAAAUGUCAAAUUGCUUCUAAGUAGUUUGGUUUUUUAAAUGUUCUUGUGUAUGAUCAAUAAUUAUAAUGAAAGCCAGUAGAGUAUUAUGUAUAUUUUUGCCUUGCUUGGAAUGUUUCAUCUGUAUUUGCAGUGUUUCUUAACCAUUUGUAUGCAACCAUGCCUCUUUAACUAAUUCAGUAUUGCUCUGACAUAAUCAUUUGAGUGAAUAACGAAGUAUUUUUGAAAUGGAAGUAAAAUUCUGUUAACUGAAAUUUUGCAUGGAAAUGCUUGUUUCACAGAAAAUUGGGUUUGUUAAUUUGGAGGUAACGUGCUCUACUUGAAGGAUGUGAUAUUAACUAAAAGUUGGAUGUUAUUUUUCUGGCUAGGUACUAGUCCAAGAUAACUUGAAGAUCCUUAUUUUUGUAGAACUUUCCCCUUGUGUGACAUUGUCCACAGUCACCAUUCAUGUCAGAGGAAUUCCACAAAGACAUGGACGUGGGUUUGUAAACCUAUACAAACAAUUGUCCAGCUAUUCUAAUGCUACUUUUUUUAACCAACUAAGUUAAAUAUUUUGGUCACUUCUAGAAUGGGAAAAGCUACAUUUUAGUACAAGUUGACCCAGUUUAUCAUACAGCCAAGGAGAUUCUUCAGUAAUGAGUAGUAUUGAAAGGCCACUUAAUUUCUAUGACAAAGUCCUGCAGUAAUUAUUGAAAUAGGACAUGAAGAUCUAAUGCAGCUUGCUGAAUAAUUGUAGGAUCUUCCUACUUGAAUUGAAAUAAUGCUUUUAACUCCACGUUCUAAUUUUUUUUAUCUACACUUAAAUUUUAUUGGUGAUGUUAGCAAAAUGGGUGCUUUGUUAUUGUCUCAUUACUCAAUUCUUAAAGCAUAUAAAAUGUGAAAUAUAGUGGGAAGUCUUUAAAUGCCCUUCCAAAUUUGGGUGAUUUUAAUUCUACUAAAUGUAUUAAGAGGUGACUUGUAUUAAGAGAUGACUUGUUUUUCAAUGACUUGUAAUCUGUAACUUUAUCUUUUUGAAGGAAAAAUGAGGUUUUGCAUAAACAAUGGAAAACUUUAAGCAACUUUUCAAUAAAUUGAAUUUGAUCUACCAUAA